AUGGGCUCAAAAGAUAAAGACACUUUGAAAUUAAAAUAUAAAAUCAUACAUAUAUCAUCUAAUGAUAAAGAUCGUGAUGUUAUGAACCUAUUAAAAAACACUGGUGUGGAAAUUUAUAAACCAUGGCUAAGCGAAAAAAAUUGCAUAUACCCUCAAGAAAUUAUUUUACAAAUAAAACCAUCCAAAAUAAAAUAUUUAGAAUUUUUGUCUCAUGAAUACGCCAUUAGCAAGAAAAUUGAAAUUUUUGUGUCAAAUGACAAUAGAGAUUACUUAAAAGCCGGUUUUUUUAGAUUUAAUGACAACACUUCAACAAGUUAUUGUGCUAGAGAACUGAAAUAUGUAUAUUUGCCUUGCCCCAUAAAAUGUACAUAUAUCAAAUUAAAGCUUUAUAGCCCCUAUCAGAACUAUUUAAAUACUCAUGCACAAGUUGGACUGUACUACAUCAAUAUAAUUCCUAAAGAAAUGUCAUUGAAAAUUAUAUCUGAAAUAACUCCUGCAUUUCUUAAACUAUCAUCCUUAAACCAUAAUGAAAAUAAAGAUUAUAAUGAUAAUUUGGGAAAUGAUAAAAAAGCACUUCUACGAAAAAAAGGGGCAAAUGUACAAAGGUCUAAUAUCACCAAUAACAAUGUUACAGACAACUCUUCUGAAGGAGAAAUGUAUCGAGGAAGCUUCAAAAGUUCGUAUCCUAAGAAUGACAAAAGUAAAAUUAAUUGCUUAUACGAAAAAUUAGAGAAUAAAAUAAAAUGCUUUGAAAAAUUAAAAGGAGAGUGUGUUGCAAAAGAAGAAUACAACAUGGCCUGUGAACUUAAAAAAAUUGUAAAUAUUUUUAUUUUUUUGAAAAAUGUAAUAACGUUUUUAAAGGGGAAAAAAAAGAAAUACGUUAAAGAAGAAAAUUAUGGAAAGGCUAAAAGGCUAAGAGAGAAGGAAAUAAAGAUAAAAAUUAUAAUAAAGAAUAUAGAGGAAUUAAAAAUCAUAGAUGAUUGCUCUAGAAAGUCGUACUACGCUUGGCUAUCUUUAUAUUACAAAGAACUUGAAUUUUAUGAAAAAGAGAUAAAUAAAAUUAUGUCUAAUGAAAAUAUAAAAAUUAUAAAAAAAAACUCUGGGCUUUUUGAUCAAUAUAAUAGUAAAAAUUAUAGUGGUCUAGAUUUAAAUAAUGUUCUCCUACUCAUAUGCAGCGAUGACGAAAAAAAAAGAGAAAUGGGUUUUGACAUAUCCUACAAACCAUUCGAAGAUCGUAAUAAAAAAAACACGAAUUUUUGGAAUAAUAAUGUAGAGCCCUUAUGCUUAAUUAUUAAAAGGGGAAUAUCAGAUCCUUAUUACAACAUAUUUGUAAAAAGUGUUGUCACUUUGGAAAAAAUGCUAACUUUGUUUCAGGAUUUUUUUUUUAAAACAGACAACAUAGAUGAUCCUGAUGAUUCUAAUAACAAAAAUGCAAAAUAUAUAAAAUGCAUAAUUUCCGCACUUUUGAAACGUUUAGAUGAUCCUAACCUUGAUGUUGUGGAUAUUUGCAUAAAAACAAUAAUGAUGAUGCUGCAUAACAAUUUCAUUUCUUUUAAGUGUGUAUUCUCAACCAUAUUAUCAAUGUUGUUUUACCUGUUUUCUGGAGAUGCUAUAUCAGAAAUAAAUGAAAAAAUAAUUGUUAGCUUAAUGAGUUUUUACUACUCUUUGAUAAACAAAUAUUACACAACUGUGAAAAAUGAUAUUAAUUUGAAAAAGGUGCUAGAAAUUAUAUCCAUUUUUGUGGAAGUAGAUGUUCAGCCUAUUAAACAAACAUCUUUGGAUUUUUUCGUAAAUAUAUACAAUAGGGUUGAAAAUCGAAAUGAGCUAUUUGAUGAAUUUUUAUUAAAUGUUUCAUUUGACACAAAAAACCUUAUAUUAAAUCGUGUAAAUCAAGAAGAAAAGGAAAAAACAAAAAUAUCAAUAAAUAACAAUAGUGAAAAAAAAGAGAAUGAAAAUGAGAAUCCCGAAAAAAGUUGUACGUUUAUAAAUAAUAAUGAAUUGCUAAACAAAAAUUGCUUGAAUAAUAAGCAUCUAAAAACACAAGAUAUUGUUUAUCCAUGUGAAAAUAACAUCAAAAGGGGUGACGUAGAUGAUGAUAUUAGAGUUAGUCUUGUGGACAGUGCCAAUAAAGAAUGUUAUACAACUUUAGUAAAAAACUCUGACAAUAAAAUAAUUGAUAGAAAUUCAAAGUUAACAAUCGUAGAAAAAAGCAAUUUAAGAAAGGAAACAUGCCAUAGUGAAAUUAAAGAGCUUCAGGGAAAAGUUAAUUAUAAACAAAAUGAAGAAUGUGAAAAAGAGCACCAUAUCGAUUCAAACCCAGAAAAGGAAACCCAAAUGAAUGUCGCCUUAAGGGGGUUACAUAAAAAGCAUAGUAGUACUUAUGAACACGAAAAACACGAAAGUGUUUCAAAGGAAGGACAAAGUAGUAAUAUUAUAAAAAAUGAAAAAGUAACGGAUGAAUGUGAAUGUGUCGAAGAUUUGAUAAACACAGACGAGAAGAAUGAAACCGAUAUUUCCCCUCUUACAUGUAAAUAUUGCUUUAAGACAGAUGAAUCUUUCACAGAAAUAGGUUUAGAAAAACAUUGGAUUAAGAAAUGUCCUAUGCUUUGCACUUGUCCAAAUUGUUUUUUAAUAGUUGAAUUAGUUGUUAUUCAUGAUCACUUUUUAUCCGAGUGUUCACACAGUUAUAUGUAUGAAAUGUGUGGAUACUGUAAUAAAAUUGUGAAAAAAAGUUUAUUAGAUUUUCACGUGAUGAAUGAAUGCAAUGGUAAAAAAACUGAAUAUCUUUCUUGUUAUUAUUGUUCCCUUUACAUCGAAUCAUUUGAAAUAGAUAAAUGGAGAGCUCAUUUUCUAUCAUGUUCUAAAAAUCCUAGGCUGAAGCAAUAG